AUGUCUAACAAUAUUACGAACAUCUCCCGUCCUACUCUGCGAGGAAGACCCCUCACGGAGGAUGGAAACAUCCAUCACAAUAUUCAGAAUGCAGUAGGUUGCAAAUGGGUAUUUCGCAUAAAGAGGAAAUCAGAUAACUAUGUUGAACGGUACAAGGCCCGACUUGUUGCCAAAGGCUUCCAUCAACAACAAGAUAUCGAUUAUGAUGAAACAUUUAGUCCUGUUAUUAAGCUUGUCACUAUUCGAACUGUGAUUACUAUUGUUGUUUCAAGAAGUUGGCCACUCAGGCAAUUAGAUGUAAAGAAUGCCUUCCUUCAUGGCAUUCUUAAGGAAGAUGUCUUCAUGAUACAAAACCUCACCAUGUCUAGUAUUGCAGACUCAUCCCUCUUUAUUUAUCGCCAUGGGCCACAUAUUAUCUAUUUUCUAUUAUAUCUUGAUGACAUUGUGGUGACUGGGAGUGAUGACCGUCUCCUUCAGAGCUUUAUAUGGUGUCUUGGGAGAGGAUUUGACAUCAAGGACCUAGGUCCUCUUCAUUAUUUUCUUGGCUUACAGGUUACUACUCAUCAACAUGGGCUACACAUCAAUCAGCUUAAAUACGCUCAUGAUAUUCUUUCUAAGCAUGAUUUUUUAUUUAGCAAGCCUGUCAGUACACCCAUGUCUGCCAAGACUGCUCUUACUACUACUGAUGGACCCCUGCUUGAAAAUCCUACAAUUUUUUGGGAAUUGGUUGGCUCAUUGCAGUACCUUACUAUCACUCGUCCUGACAUUACAUUUGUAGUAAACAUGGUUUUUCAGUUCAUGAGUAAGCCACGUGCCCCACACCUAGUUGCUGCCAAACGCAUUCUAAGAUAUGUUAAGGGUACUAUUGGACAUGGAUUACUGUUUACACCACAACGCCAGCCUGUUACUCUCUCAGCUUAUUCUGAUCCUGAUUGGGCUGGUUGUCCAACCACUAGGCGUUCCACUUCUGGCUAUCUCGUGUACCUUGGCUCAGAUCUCAUAUCUUGGUGCUCUAAAAAGCAUCCCACCAUAGCCUGCUCCAGUGCAGAGUCUGAAUACCACUCCCAUGCUCAUGCUUGUGCUGACACAAUGUGGUUAGGCUAUCUUCUCUAUGAAUUUGGUGCUCAUAUUCAGUUUCCUGUGUUAUUGCAUUGUGAUAAUUUGAGCACAGCAUACAUGGCUUCCAAUCCCAUCUUUCAUGCACAUACAAAGCACAUUGAACUUGACUAUCACUAUCUCCGGGAAAAAAUUGCCAUUGGGAGUCAUAGGGCAAACUUGUGCGUCCAGGACCCUCAAGUUUGA